CAGCAUCUUGGACGCUUAUUAUUCUGUCCGCGCGGUACGGCAAUCGUGUCCAGCACACACCCUGUGGUCGUCCUGUGAUCAGCGAGUGAGAUUUUGCGCCCAACAGUGCUCCCGUACUCCCGGCACUCCAGGAAACGUUUUAUUACAGCCGUUGGAUUAUUUCCCCGUGCGGUGUGUCCGUGUGUAUCGUCAAACCGUCAGCAUGAAGCACGUGAUUGUUAUUUUCGCUGCCCUGGCCGUGUUCUGUGCCGUCAAGGCGCAGGAUGAGGUGCAAGUCAUAAGCUUUAACAACGACAACAACGUCGAUGGAAGCUACCAAUUUGCCUACGAACAGAGCGAUGGCCAAAAGCGGGAGGAAAAGGGUGAGCUGAAGCCGGUGGAAGGAUCCGACGAGCCAGCCCUGUCCGUGACCGGCUCGUACGAGUAUACCGACUCCAAUGGACAGCGAUACCGGGUGGACUAUGUUGCUGACGAGCGAGGAUACCGCCCGACGGUGACCAAGCUGUAAGAUGCGGAGACGGUACAACCUCCCCAUCACAAGCACAAGCACAAACACUCAGUGAGAUUCAAAUGCCACAAACAGUAUGUAAAAAAAAGUGAAUAAAGUUGUGAACAAUAUACUCUUUA